AAUACGGGUUAUACAAACACUGAGUUUGGCAAACUCAGCGCUCUUCCAGACUGUUCUGGGGGACGGUCAAUGUUCAGCUUCACAGUUGGAUUUGGGAGUCUAAGAUUUAGAUCAGUAAUGGCGUUUCAGCGAGUGUUCUUUGCCAUUCUUUUUGUGGUGACGAUCUUGGGUAAUGCGUCUGCACAAGAAACGCCUUCUCCGCCGAGCAUUGGGAAACAGCCGAAGUGGUGUGCCAUGGAGGUCCAGGAGGUGAUACCCUACAGACGGCGGUCAGGCUCGCGGAUGGACUGUCGCAGGAGAUGCACAUGGAACACGUUCUGUUGCGAGUUCAACGUCAUCCCUGUCUAUACCACUGCGUACCGCGAGGUGUCGCACCUGGAGUGGAAAUGCUGUGACGACUCUCCAGCGCCCUGCCCAUACGAAACCCUGUCAGUGGACGUACCGUACAAGGGGAUCCGGCUGUUCGCGGAUGAGUACCCCGUGCCGCCGCUGCCGUACGAGUACGAUGCGCUGGAGCCGUACAUCGACGAGAAGACUGCGCGGGUGCACCAUCUCGGUCACCACGCCGGUUACACCAGGAAGAUGAACGCUGCGCUCAAGAAGUGGAGGGACGAGGUAGGACCAGGGGUGGGCCUUCAGUCUAACUCCAUCCUCCACAUUCUGGAGAACCUGGACCAGAUCCCAGACAAACACAGGACUGCCAUCAGGAACAAUGGAGGAGGGUUUGUGAACCAUGCCAUCUACUGGGCGACCAUGUCCCCUCGAGGAGAGAGUGAACCCCCCAGACUUCCUGAAGCCACCCUGGCCACCGAGAUCAUCGCAAACUUCCACAACUUCAGUAACUUCCAAGAACAGUUCACAAACACUGCCAAGACUUUAUUUGGUUCAGGUUAUGUGUGGCUGUCACGCAAUCCCAGAGAACAGACUCUCAUCAUCCACACAACAGCCAAUCAGGACUCUCCCAUCAGCACUGGACUCCGCCCACUCCUGGUGAUUGACAUCUGGGAACACGCCUACUACCUGAAGCACCAGAACAAACGUCCUGACCACAUCCAGGACUGGUGGGCGCUGGUGGACUGGGGACAGGUCAAGGCACUGUCUGAUUGGUGGGCAGCAUAUGAUGCUGGUCAUGAUGAGCUGUGAAGUGUGUACACUUGUAGUACCACUCUGUGAUGCUAGGGGUCUCUUCUAUGUUAGAUUGUGUCAGAGAUGAGAAAGUUACAAUUUUAUACCAGCAUAGUAAACAGUAACGUGUCUUGUAAAGGGUCCUGAGGGGACAGCAUUUCUUCGUUUAGAAAUGAUAAUAGAUCUUAGCAGGUGACAAUGUCGGGAAGUAUUGUACUAGAACAUCGGCAUGGUUGCAUUACCAGUAUGUGAUGCUAGGGGUCUCUUGUGCUAGAAGCUGAGAUGAGAGAUGACAACGUGAGAAGUUACAAUUUCUUAUUUUGUAACACAUGUUCAGCUUUUAUGUAUACAUGUACAAGCAAGUAGGUGGUGACUGAAAUGUUAUAAAUGUAAUAGUUAUAUACAAUGUAUUUCAUUAUGUGUAAUGAUCUUGAAUGUGCCUGAAUGUUUACAGAGUGCCAAGUGCAGACUAAAAAGGAAUGAGGCAGAUUUAAGUUACAUGAAGCAAAAGUCAUUAUAAGUACAGUGCUGUAUAUGAUGACAGUUUGUGUUAAUCACACAAGGAAUGGCUCAAAACUGCAAUCUUUGAUAUCCAUAGCUUACAAAUAUAAACCAUUCAAAGACACCUCCUUUGUUUUCCAUUGUCUCUUGCUAGU